AUGAAGUCGAUGUUAUCGCAAAGUGUAUUGAUUGAAGAAAGUGACGACGAAGUAUUAGACAUGCUAUUGGAUGAAGCGAUACCAACAGACACAGUCUUCCCAGACGGAUUAAUGUCAGUCACUGAUACCAUUGCUCAACAGGCCGUUUAUCCAGAGGCUCAUCCCGUACCACCACCGAACAAUAAUGAGAAUGAUGAGGAAGCAGUGAUACAUGGCAACAGUAGAUGUGAUCCUGGUAACAAAAUAAGCGCUUUUUUUCCUUUUCCCGACGAAAAAUUUUUUCUGCUGUAUUGCUACGCACACAGGAUAAUGAGACCCAAGGUAAGGGAUAGAUUGAAUUGCUUGUAUUAAUAUUGACUUAUUUUUUUGCGUUUUCUAAAUCACACACAAAAUUGCACCAAAAACACUAAUGUCACACGUUAAUAUGAGGUACGAGUCUCUUUGGCUUUAUGGUAAACGCCAAAUAUAACUAUUAUUAUAAUGUAUAAAUGGCAAAAAUUACUGCAAUUUAAAUGGUCAAGAUUGAAAUUUUUCAUUAAUUGUCACUCUCCAGAAAAAAAAGGAACAUGGCAGCUCAACUGUAUUAAAUACAACGUAUAAUAUGUACAAUUGCAAUGAAAGGAAACCUUUGACCGGGUCGUUUACAUAGGCGUACCGGGCGGGGGAGGGGGGCGGCGGCAGCCCCCACCCAGUUUGUUGGGCAGUCGGGUAAUAUUCACUCAACAGUCGGGCAAUUUUGGUUUAUUAUAAAAAUAAGUGGGACAAAUUCUGUCAGGUUUGUGGGAAAUUCUGUCAAUUUUGUGGUCAAUUUUGUGAUGUUUGGAAAAUUUGUGAGAUGUUCCGAAAAAUUUUGGGUUAUUUCGGUUAUUUCCGCCCCCCUAAAUUUUUCCUUCUGGUACGCCCAUGGUCAUUUAAGUAGUAUUAAUGAUGUUCGCCUGUACAGGGGCUUAAGUAUUUUUUAUACAGAUACAUGUCGUACUGCAUAAAAACAAUUCCAAAGCAUUUAUAUGUUGGGUUUUUCUAUUUUCAGUCGAGAGUCGAUUUGGAAUUCCUGUGGAUGUUACUGGAUCGUCUAGGAGUUUCAAUGCCAUCUCUCGAUUCCAUUUUAUCAUUUCAAAUAGAUGGAUUAGAAAACAUGCUACCAGUAAAAAAGGUAUUUAUAGCUAGUGAACAGUGAGAAUUCUAAGCCGUAGACAUGGAGGAUUCACGAAUGUCGUAUUAUGUCGUAUGUAAAUGUCAGGGUUACAUUACAACUACUGUAGUACCCUGCUCACAGGCUCUAUACUCUGGCUGACAACGGCCUGUGAGCAGGCUACAACUGUAGUAACGUCUAGGGCUUCCACAAUUGAAGGAAGUUUCCUUCAAAAAGACCUGUGGGUAGAAUACCCUGCGGCUGUUUCAGGCUAACCUGUGGGGGGAGAGGUCAAUAUUAUAAUUGCAUAUACAGUAUUACAAUUUUUAAUUAAAAAGUGCUUUGUCUCACUUUUGGCAAAUUCCCUCCCCCAAUAUGAGGGCAGCCCUAUGCAAAUAAGUUUUGAAAGCCCUGGUAACGUCCGUUAACAAUAAAACAAUGCCAUGAAAUGACACAUUAUGCAAUCAGCUUUUAUGUUAUUAAUCAGGCAUAUGGCGAUAGGCAUCCAUUCUACUGGAUUCCACCCUCCAAGCAUAUAAAAAUGCAAUUGGCCACUCCACAUGUUGCUGAACAACUCAACCGAUACCCCAAACUGACAGAAAACAAAAUCCAAGAGAUGUGCCAAGUAAGUAUUUUUUUUAUGCCUGCUGCCCUGAAUCCUCAAUGCAACCUAUACUAUCUUCACUAUACCGUAGGGCAGAAAAUGGCAUGUUUGCAACCAUUUUCAGACAUCUUCUGCAACCGUCAAUGGCCAAACUGUGUUUGUGGGAGAUGUUGUUGGGUUUUAUGGACGAGACAACAGCAAGGCUUAUGGAAAAGUUCAGAAAUUUUUGCAAAGGUAAACGUAUAUCACGAAUGCUCGCCUAUUUCAAAAAUACAUUGCACAAAUUAUGGAUAUGAAUUUAAAAUUCUACGUUAUCGAUCUUUCAGGAGGUGAAUAACUGUCUUGAGUUCAUGUGUGAGAUUCUAAAAGUUUAUGUUCAUCGCCACAUGGUCACAGAUUAUUUGGUUAUUUCGGAAGACCUCGAUGUGCUUAAAAUCAAUGAAAUUGACGAGAUAUGCGAAACUCCCCUGGCGUACAAGGAUGUCAAUGGUGUUAUUUACAGCCUUACUCCAGAGGUACAGUAUGUACGAUGCUAGGUAAGUCUGAGAUGGUAUUCAUUAAGGUAGCUACUGUAGUCUGAGUUCUGAAUCUUAUUUAAUUUAGGAAAUAAUUUUCCACUCCACUGCACAUCCGGUGAAAACAGCAGCAAAUGGAAGGCAGACAUUGACUCUUCCACUGGUCAUCUUCCUCGACGAAACUAGUGGGAACAGGACAAAGAAAUGGAACAAACUGGAAACAUAUUCCUUUUUUCUUGCAAGUCUGCCUAGAGAAGAAGUUACCAAAUUUAGUAACAUAAACUUUGUUUGUGUUUCAAAUUUGUUACACUCUGAAACUCUGGGCAAAGUUAUUGCAGAAGAUCUGUUAGGUAUACACUCAUAUGGUAUUGAAGAUAGUUUUAGUCUAUAGUAUACACAGAAACGUUUUUACCUACUUAAAAUGCUGUGAUAUACAGCCAAGCUAAGUUUGUCUGUUAUGUAAUGUGCAUAUACAUGUUUUCCCCUUACAACUUGAGACCGGAAUGGUAAUGUAUGACUCAUUUACUCAAGCAGAGAUUUUUGUCCAGUGCCCAAUCCUCUGUGUCUCAUGUGACAAUCCAAAGGCAUCAGAAAUUUGCCAUCAUCUCGGCAGUACAGCACGGCAUUUCUGUAGGGAUUGUGAUGUAAGUUUUGACUCUGCAUUUUGCUAUAUUUAGGAUGUUUUGAAUUCAAUUAAAUAGCACCUGUUGCAAUCACCAUCUAUAUGCUCCAGGAAUCUAAGUUGGCAGUUAACUCUUAUACUAAUUAUAUUUUAAUUGUGCAGGCAACAUCUGAAAAUGCCUUUCAACUGGGUCAACCAAGGACAGACAUAGUCGUAAAAAGUACUGUGGCACAGAUAAACAAUUGCAGGUAAUAGCUAUAGUUCAUUCCAUUAUACAAAUUAAAUGUACAGUACAUCUAUUAAUACUUACUACUUCAAUUCGAAUUUCUGGUUUUCAAUGUCUGGACAAAACCAAUGUAAUCACUUUUGUCUAAACAUUAAUGGACAAUAUAAUGUUAAUCUGAUGCAACAUGGAAUAAUUUGCAAUGACAAUUUGGCAUUGCUUACAACUAAAAUUAUUUGUGUCAUAUUCGUAGAUCUGAAAGGGCAAAAAUUAUGGUACAAAGAGAUACUGGUGUGUCGGAACGUGGGGGGCAGUUUGAUAUACUGAAGACGUUCGAGGCAUGCAAGUAAGAUUGUUCUUUCAGAAAUUGUAUUAUUGAAUGAUUGAAGUAAAUUAUUACCAUGCUGCACAUGUAGAUCUACAGUAAAUAUCCUGGUACCCUUUAAAGGCCAUUAUUGGGGGGGGGGGGGGUGGCAAUUUAGGACAUACAUUAUCAAGUUUAUGGUAAUGUAUUUUGCAGAGAGUUGAUGAAUUAAUUACACUUACAUGAAAUUAACUGAACUGUGGAAAUUAUUGCAGGCAGACACCAAUUGAGAUUCUGCAUACAAUACUGCUUGGCUGUGAAAAAUACCUUUUGGCCAAGACCAUGAAAACCCUUUCACCUGCAAAUAAAAAGAAAGUCUCUGCGAGAAUCAAGUCGUUUGAUUUCGCACCAUUUCCGCAAAAGCUUGUGAGCAACAUCCCAAAGACGUAUGGCUCCUUGGUUGGCCGUGACAUAAAAGUGUGA